AACCCGCUACCAGUAGUCAUUUAGCUUCGUUCGCGUGCGAGCCUAGUUCCACUGCGUCGUCAUCGUCGUCGGUUUGUCUGGUCGCCGUCCCGUCGUUCCGUGAUUGGAUUGGAAGAGAGACAUGUCCUGGGAUAGUCUACCGUUGGAGCUCUACGAGCAGAUCUUCAAGAAUCUCGACUUCUGGGAUCGGAAACCGCUGUCCUUGGUAUGCCGCCGAUGGAACGAGGCCGUCUUCUCCCGUUCGCUAAGUCGCAAUUUGUGCAUCGAGGUGAGUCGGGGAGAUUGGGGACCGAGCGGUGACAAGGAGCAGGUGGUUGUGGUAGAUGAGGCAGUGGUAGAGGCUAGCGAGCGCGAUUAUAGAGUGGCCUAUGUGAAAUGGUGCAAGGAUUCGGGCCCGGAGGUGUUGACGUCGAUCAAUCGGAUGCUGAAGGAACUGGACGAGAAAUGCCUGCUGGAAGGGCUGAUCAUUGACGCACCCCUCGGUCAAAUGCUUUCUGAUUUCUUCCGCACGCAUGGGGAGCUGUUGGCGCGCAUUCGAAAGCUUCAAGUAUCUACCGAAACGAUGGAUAGCAGAUUGAUAGCCGAUCGAUGUGUCUUAAAGCUGGACCAAUUGGAGACACUAUUCUGGAGAGAAGUUGUAUCUAGUGAUUAUCUACAGAAUAAGAGGCCGUUGUUUGUAAUAGAGGCACCUAAGCUUCAUUCCGCGGUGGUACGAUUUGGCGAUUCUGAUUCAGAUCGUGGAGUGUCUUGGCACAACAGUUUCAUGGAGUUGAGUCAGACUUCGUGUUUAAAAUCCUUGAAGGUUCAUUUACAUCCGAGAAUGUGGAACCGAUUUUUCGAACAGAAAUUGGAUGCCUUGGAACAUCUCACCAUCUCACAUAAAGCACAAGACUUACAAUCCCGUAACUGGGAUUGCAUGUUUUCUAAUAUGCCAAAUCUGAAAUCGAUUCAAAUGUGGGAGGCUGAUGACGUCAUUUUGGAAGCAAUACACCGCCACUGUCUGCAACUACGCGUACUCUUAUUAGACAAUGUUGAUCUAACUAAAGGAUUCCUAUCGGCGGACAGAGUAUUCCCACGGCUGGAACAUCUCCGAUUGGAAACGGCAAAACUGCAGUCCAAUAGGACUCUGUACCUACCCGUCCUGAAGCACCUCGAAUGGUUCAACAUCACGAAUCAAAACGAUCACAUCCUUAACGUGGCUGCUCCCAUGCUCAGCACUCUACGUCAGUCCCGAAACGGAGCCUCUGACUUCAAUCUAACCACAAAAUCCCCGUUGGAAAAACUACAGCUCGACCUCUACGCUUCGGACAUCCCAGAACACUUCUUCCAACCAUUCCCGAACACGCGGGAACUGAGCAUUCGCGUCAGCUCGGCUCGGCCGGAUCUAGAUCGGUUGAUCCCGCACUUCCGGAACAUCACCGAGUUUACGCUGAUCGCGUACAAUGCCCCGCUGCAGUGCGAUCAGAUGCUGAACGAGAUGUUCAAACACUGCAACAAUGUAACCUCGAUUACGUUGUGUGGAUUCAAUCCCAACUUGGAGCUCUCCUUCCCGGUGUUUGCUCAAAUAUUCCGUAAUCGGAAUUUGAAGUCGCUGAAACUGUUCGGAUUGACCGUGACGGGCAAUUCGCUACCAGUACAGCUGCCUCCGGAGUUAGAAACAUUCGAGCUGCGCCACGUCAAGGUGAUGGACGUUGCAUUCGGUGCGUAUGUCUUUCCUCCCGACGUACCGCACCGAGUGGUUUGCAUCAAAAGCGACGACUGCUGCAGCUACUCUUCCAAGGAUUGUGAUUGAAGGCCACGAUUGCCAGAAACCUGAGCCGUCGUGUGCUGAUGAACAACAGACUGUUUUUGCUUUAAGUAUGGUAUUUAUUUCUAAAUCGCAAUACUUACGAUUUAUUUUUAUAUAAAUGAAAAAUAUACCUACCUACCGACCGUGAAAAGUCAGCAAGCAAACAUACACCAAACAUUAAAAAAAA